AUCACUAAUAACUCGUCUAAUUGGGGUUAAGGAUCAUCGACUCCCCAAAGUUGUAGCCCUUGUAGUUGAACACUAACAAGAACUGCAUUUCAGUAACAUCUAUAGGGUUUUGUUUUGGAGGUUUUGAUCUGGAAUUCAAUGGCUAAGGAGAAGAACAAGUAUAGCAUAAUUGUUCCUACCUACAAUGAACGCCUCAACAUCGCUCUCAUCGUUUACCUAAUUUUCAAGCAUCUCGAGAAUGUAGAUUUCGAAAUAAUUAUCGUGGAUGAUGGGAGUCCAGACGGGACCCAGGAGAUUGUUAAACAGCUGCAACAAGUCUAUGGUGAAGAUUGUAUUCUGCUGAGACCCAGACCUAAGAAGCUUGGCUUGGGGACGGCUUACAUGCACGGGCUGAAGCAUGCGAAUGGAAACUUUGUUGUUAUCAUGGACGCUGAUUUGUCGCACCAUCCCAAGUACUUGCCAAGCUUUAUCAAGAAACAGAUGGAGACAGGCGCAAGCAUAGUGACUGGUACACGAUAUGUGGAAGGUGGUGGCGUCCAUGGAUGGAAUCUGAUGCGUAAAUUGACGAGCAGGGGAGCCAAUGUCCUUGCACAAACCCUUCUCUGGCCAGGUGUAUCGGACUUAACUGGAUCUUUCAGGCUAUACAAAAAAACUGUGCUUGAAGAUGUUAUAAGCUCAUGUGUAAGUAAAGGAUAUGUUUUCCAGAUGGAGAUGAUUGUUAGAGCCUCUCGAAAGGGACACCACAUUGAAGAGGUUCCAAUCACGUUUGUGGAUAGACUGUAUGGGAGCUCAAAGCUAGGAGGAUCAGAAAUCGUGGAGUAUCUCAAAGGACUCCUGUACCUUCUAUUUACAACUUAAGAAAAUUGUGGGUUUAAGUAACCGGUCGUGAUAACUGCAAGCCCUUUUGACUAUUGAGGAAGUUCAAACGAAUACCUAACCCAUUCCCUGAUCCAAAAUACAAACAAGCAAUUUGACUUUCGGCUCUUGCCUCUUGUUUCUCUUCCCUGUAUGUUGACCCAAUUUGCUUUAAAUUUGGUUUAAAUUUAUGCUAUGGUAAACUGGCAGUGAUACAAAUUUCCAUUGUCUGAGUUGAGACUCAUAAAGCAGAUGUGAUGCUGACUUUCUAGACGGGACUCCCCCCGGAACAUGAUCUGUUAUUUUCAUAUGUUGUCAGAUUUUCUCUGUAUUUUUUCUUUUUUUUUUUGUUGUUUUUUGGUUUUCGUUUGACUGGAUGUAUAUCAGACAUUGA